ACCUGUCUGUCCACCGAACUAAAUCAAAAGCGCUCGGCACAUGGAUCGUGUGUAAUAAGACUACACUUCCCAUGCUGCACCGCGCUCGCGUCGUUCCGCUACUGUCACUUUGCCGAUGUGAGAAUCGCCCAGCAGCAUCUCAGCCGAGCAGCAGUGCAAAAAUGCACUGAAAUACGCAUCUUAGGACAUUUCCACCCUCUUUCGGUUUGCCAUGAGGGCGUGUGAUAGGAAUAACGGGGAUGUUCGCACCGGAUUACGUCCCUUUAUUUUGAGAGAAAUGCGGAUUGUUUUGCGCUCGAGGUGUUAACGCAGGAAAAAAAAAUACAAAAAUGAAGAAGCAAUUCAAUCGGAUGCGACAGCUCGCCAACCAGACUGUUGGCAGAGCAGAAAAAACAGAGGUACUGAGUGAAGACCUGCUGCAGGUGGAGAAGCGUUUAGACCUGGUAAAGCAGGUCUCUCAUAGCACACAUAAGAAGCUGACCGCUUGUCUGCAGGGACAACAAGGCACCGAUUUAGACAAGAGAUCAGUCAAAUCUCCCUCGAAAAAGUUGCCCCUGACGAUACUUGCUCAGUGUAUGGUGGAGGGAGCGGCUGUGCUAGGAGACGACUCUCUUCUUGGCAAGAUGCUGACGCUCUGUGGUGAGACAGAGGAGAAAUUGGCCCAAGAGCUCCUCGUGUUUGAGUUUCAGAUUGAAAGAGAUGUUGUGGAGCCUCUGUAUGUGCUGGCUGAGGUGGAAAUUCCGAACAUUCAGAAACAGCGAAAACAUUUAGCCAAACUCGUUCUGGACAUGGAUUCUGCAAGGACACGGUGGCAACAGUCAUCCAAGUCUUCAAGUCACCCUAGUAAUGUCCAGCAGGGCGGAGCCAAGUCUGAUUCCCUGAGAGAGGAAAUGGAGGAGACGGCCAAUCGGAUGGAGAUCUGCAGGGACCAGUUAUCAGCGGACAUGUACAACUUUAUGGCCAAAGAAAUAGACUAUGCAAACUACUUUCAAACGCUCAUAGAGGUUCAGGCAGAGUAUCACAAGAAGUCUUUGGAGAUACUGCAGAGUGUGCUGCCACAGAUCAAAGCUCACCAGGAGGCAUGGAUAGAGAAACCAUCGUAUGGAAAGGCCGUAGAGGAACAUCUAGCCAUCAGUGGCAGGGAGAUUGCAUUUCCUAUCGAGGCGUGCGUCACCAUGCUGCUGGAAUGUGGCAUGGAGGAAGAGGGUUUAUUUCGGGUGGCUCCCUCAGCCUCCAAGCUGAAGAAACUUAAAGCAUCUCUGGACUGUGGGGUUAUGGAUGUGCAGGAGUACUCGGCCGACCCACAUGCCAUCGCAGGAGCUUUGAAGUCUUAUCUUCGUGAACUUCCCGAACCUCUAAUGACCUUUGAACUCUAUGAUGAAUGGAUUCAAGCCUCAAAUGUUCAAGAUAUGGAUAAAAGGCUCCAAGCCCUUUUGUGUACAUGUGAGAAACUACCAGCAGACAAUCUGAACAACUUCAGAUAUUUAAUCAAGUUCUUAGCCAAACUCACAGAGCAUCAAGAUGCUAAUAAAAUGACGCCAGGUAAUAUUGCAAUAGUUCUUGGACCCAACCUGCUGUGGACGCAUUCAGAAGGGAACAUGACGGAAAUGAUGACCACCAUGUCCCUGCAAAUCGUUGGCAUCGUUGAGCCGAUCAUCCAGCAUGCUGACUGGUUCUUCCCUGGAGAUAUUGAGUUCAACCUGACAGGCAGCUACGGCAGCCCGGUCCACACCAACCACAACUCCAACUACAGCUCCAUGCCCUCGCCCGAUAUGGACCAAUCAGAGCGCAAGCAGCAGCAUGACCAGAGCCGACGCCCACUCAGUGUUGCUACUGACAACAUGAUGCUGGAAUUCUACAAGAAGGAUGGCAUUAGGAAAAUUCAAAGUGUGGGUGUCAGAGUGAUGGACACAUCGUGGGUGAAGGGCAAAAGUUCCUCUACACUGACCCGCAAAUCCUCAUCCACGCCUCCACAAGCGCCCGGCUCUCCUGCGGACACCCUGACCACUGAGCAGCCCGGUGAGCUGGCCACAUCUCCAAUCCCCACUCCCCCUCCUGGAGACAGGGGCAGCUCAGACGACGUGUCACCCAAUCGGCCGGAUUCCUCACAUGUCUAUUCGUCCCACGUGGAGGAGAGGCCACCCCCUCCGUACCCUUCCUCGUCCACAUCUUGCCAUCCCGGUCCUCACCACUUCUACCCCAAACCCCCUCCCUGCGCGCGGCCCGUCGCCCCCGGUCCCGAGUCCCAGCCUCCCAGCUCCCCACCUCCACCCCUGCGCUGGGCCGGCUUCGGCCCACCCCUUCCCCUUCCCCAGCCCCAACCACCCCCCUCCUCUUCUUCCUCUUCCUCCUCCUCUUCACUCGAUAUCAACUCCAACCCCAAGCCUAUCUGCCUGUACUUUCCCAAACACGGGCCCCUGUGUGACGCAGCGCAUGCCGCUCCGCCUGACGCCAAUGCCUCGCCCCUCUACAUUAAAUCCCCUCUCGUGCUGACCCGCCACGACAUGUCCCUCGGAAACCCCCCUAGCCUCCCCUCCUCCGCACCCCCGCCGUGGGCUGCCUGUCCAUGUGCCCGUGAGAGAGGACCCCCCAGGCUGACUAGCACUCUGAAGAGCAAGGAGCUCUCUCCUGUUAUUGGCCACAAGUCUGCGCAGGCGUCAGGAGCAACAGUGCCCCCUGUCAGUGGUCAGCAGAGCAACAGCCAGUCUCCCCACUCUGCCGAGCACAGCCCCCACACCUUACACAAAGCCUCUAAGAAACUGGCCCCUGUGCCACCCAAGGUUCCCUACGGCCAGUCGGGGGGGAUCUCAGACCAAUCCACAGGUCAGCCGUCUCCGGUUAGCCUGUCCCCCACUCCCCCAAGUACCCCCUCCCCAUACAGUUUGGGCUGUCCCCCUGGACACGCGCCCACCUCUUCCCCUGGCCAGACCCCAUUAGGGGGACCCCAUACGUUGUCCUCGCCGCCCUCUCUGACUGGUACGCUCACAAAGUCCCGACCCACCCCAAAGCCCAGGCAGAGACCCAGUCUACCCCCUCCCCAGCAACCAACCGUCCCCCCUACGGACCCCCAGCCCCUGGAGCAGGGUCUACUUGACGGAUUGUCCCCCGGGGAGAGCAUGUCCACAGCAGAUUUCUUCAGUUUGGAAAUUCCCUCCAUCAACGUCAAUCUGGACAGCCUGUUGGACGAAUUCAGGGUGGUCCCAUGUCGGAGCUCCCUUGCUGCGGUCAGCUCUCCGGAGGGGGAGUCCGUGUCCGAGGAGGAGGGCCAAAGCACCACGCUAUGACCCCUGAGCCAACCCAGCAGCAUGCCAGCUUCACAUAGAACCCAUCCACUCCUGCUGAGGCCCAACUGGAACCCCACCUUGACCAAACCCAGAGUCACGGAUACUACAUGAGAGACUCAUAUAAGAUAAGACGCCAACCACACAACAGGUGCCACUAAAAAAAAAUAAAAAAUUGGAUCUCGUUCAAAUUGGCACUGGAGGAACCUGGGGUUUUGUGUUACGAUUCCUGAAUGAAUUUCGUUUUGUUGUCGUGUUGUUGGUUUUGUUUGAUUGGGAUGUUUUUAUUUCUGCCUUAUCAGAGCUGCAAUUACAAUACAAUGCACAUAGGGAGCAGUCUGCUGACUCUAAAGGAACCUCCUACACUUUGUCUUGCUGGAGGCUUCGAACUGAGACGCACCCUCAUGGUAUGAGAGUAGGCCGUCUUUGUUUGUUACAGGGUCCAUGCCAUGCUUUUUAUAGAUGACUUGGUGGCAUAUAGCAUGUUUAAGUCUAAUUUUGCAAUGCUGAGGUCUUUUUCUUUCUUUCUCAAUCUCUCUAACCUACCCUAAUCACUGCUUUAGCAAUUCAAUGCAGUUGAUCUUUCGCUAAGUCCCGCCUUUAAAGCGCUACUGACCAAUCCGGCCUUAGCAGCUGUUGCCGCCCAUUAUAUUGUCAGAAAAGUGCUCAUUUCUAAUGUAGAUCUAUGGACAGACUGUAUGUUUAAAUAAUUUCAUAAAAAUACGUUUAAAACUAUCAGAGAAUACAUUAUACUCUUGUUACCUAUAGCUCAAACACUAGAGCACAGCGCUAGCAAUACCAAGGUCAUGGGUUUGAUUCCCAGGGAGAGCAAGAACUGAUUAAAUGUAAAUGUGUACCUUAAAUACAGUUUGCUUUGGAUAAAAGUGUCUGCCAAAAUUCUUAAAUAUAAAUGUUGCCUCACAAAAGAGAGAGUUUUUCACCCUUGUCCGAAUCUUAGAAGUUGGGAAGCGCAUGUGCUGAAUUGAAUAAUGUGUCCUGAACAUGUAGAACAGUAAACUGAAAUCCUGAGGGGGAUUCAGUCAAGUUUGUCUGAGUGAGCAACAGAAACUGAGGGGGCGGGGCUUAGCAGAAAGUUAAGAGAGUUUUGCUUGAUAUGUGGCAGAACAUUAUCAGAACUUUCUGAAAGGCACAUAAUGCAGUAAUAGAAACACAGUGACAACUGCUGCACUAAAGUGUAUUUUCUUAAAGGGACAAUACUAUAUAAUGCAGGACAUGAAAGCAAGGUAGGAAAUCAAGGGUUCCCACAAUAUCACGAAAUUUUUAUAGUGCAAUGGAAAAAAAUUUAAUCCCUCUAAAAAAAAUGAAAUUUUCUAUAGUCUGUAGUUUAUUUUAUUGUAUUUUUUCAGUUCUGAAGUAUUUCUUCUUUUUGAGAAUUAUCCUGGAAAGCCAUUAAUGGAAAUGCAUUGGUCAGAAGGUGUGGGAACCCUGGAAAUCUCAAAUCCUCACCCUGUACCUGCAAAACAGAAGCAUUGCUUGUGCUAAAAAAUAGGUCACUGCAAACACUUUUCUGCAAAUGUGUCAUAAAAUACUUUUGGCAGCCACUACUGAGAUCAACCACUGGUUCUUUCCUGAUGCACUGCUUUGCAUUUUCUGUUGUCUUUCCGCACUCAUAUGCCCUCCAAAGUGCUUUGAAUGCAGUGCCACAGUAUCCCUUCUGUAUAUACCAAUACUGUAUAUAAAGAUGUGUAGAUAAGUGUCAACGAGAGGAGAAAUGUAAAGGCAAAUAUGAAUUAUAUAUUCAUAAAUGUGACAUGCCAUAUUUAUCUUGUAUAGAAAAAUAAUGUUCUAAGUAUUAUUUUGUCCCUGAACACUUUUUGUCAGGUUCACAUAGCAAGUGAGUUUUUUGCACUUUUGUAAGCCAUGAACUAGAUGUAGAAAUAUGAAUGCAGACGUGGCAGAAGUUUAGGUAGAGUUAUUCCCAAGAGAGAUUUUAUCCCUAAACCGACCUCAUCAAUAACAGCCUUAAUCAACAGCAUAAAUCAAAAACGACACAAACUACUUAUUAUUAUUAGAAAAUAUAUGAAGUCGUCGACAGACUACACUAAUUGUAUAACAUCGGGUCAGUCUUAGUAUUGUAUAGAAACUGGUAGAUUAUAUAAAUGAAAAUACAAUGGCCCCAAAAAGUUGUAAUGUGUGGAAUCUGCAAAAUAAUGAUAACUAACUAACCAGCCAUUUCUUUCAAUUACUUUUAGUCAACUGCUGUCGCAGUGAUUUUUAGUGCAUGUAUGAGGUUAUUUCCUCACUGAUGUCAUUCGUCACAUGAACAAUCAACAUGAUGUGUCCACAUACUUUUUAGGGCCACUGUAUAGCAUAUCUCACCGAAAAUCAAUGGAAAAAUAUAGAUUUUAUAACUUGGCAGGGAUGCUUUCGAAAUGUCAUCUCAAAGAUAUCAGGCCCUAAAGGUCCUUCAAAGUCUCAUUGCUUUUCCCCAGACACAUUAUCUGAUGCCACACUGAGAUGGCACAUUUGUUUCAUGGGUAGACAACACUCCGAGACUACUGGAUGCUGCAAUUUCUCUUGUCUGAACUUGUACAAAAAGCGCAGGACUUUAUUAAGGUCAAAUAAACAUUAGCUCACUUUUGUCCCGUAGAAGGAAUGGGCACAACAAACCGCCUCCGUUCUCAUGCGAAGGACUCUACUUCAACAGUGGAUAGCCAUGGCUUGUUUUUCUCUCUUUGAAUAAGCAUUAGUGUACGUCAGGGACAAAAGGACUUUUCUUUGCUGAAAUCUGUGAUAUGCCUCAGUGUGUGUUCUUGAUGAAAUAUAGUCUAAUGAUUAUUGGUGACUGAGUUCUAGUUGUAGUGAUUACACAAUGAUAAUUGCAAGUGCCCUCACAUUCAGUAUUUAUAACCUGAAGCUAACGGCGAGUUUCGUGCGUACGUGAGGUUCUGUCUGUGCCGUUUCCCGCGGUGUUCUGUGAGGAGGCAGUUGUGUCUGAUUGAAUGUGAUUUCGCCUUUACUUCGAAGUGCACUACUUGAGUAAAGGCCUCGAUACCUUAUAGCAGCUGCAAUAGACGCAUGGUUUAUUUUCUUUAUAAGCGUGACACUUCUGCUCAUCUCUCUCUGUUAGCGCUCAUAAUGAAUGCUUAUGUUAUUGUUAAUGAAGACGUGGGAGGGCUUUAUACAGUAUGUACAUUCAUUCUCAUCUGUUAUCACACUUUUCUAAGGUGAAAAGGCACAGGUAUUUGUUAUCUUAAUGUGAUUUGUAAAUUAAGGUUAUCAGAUUCAUGUCAUUAUUUACAGGUGACUGUGUUUAGCAUUUAUAUCCAGUAAUUUAAAUGUUCGAGAAGUGGUUCAAAACCGAAUGGAUGUAAUAGCCAUGAUGGAAUUUUGUAAACCUGAUGAAUUGUACAUGCGUAAUUUUAACGAUGAUUUGACCCACACAGAAUCUGCACAGGUCAUGUGUCACCCCAACAUCAGAAGAAACAAUUAAGAAAUUAUACUUUAAUUACAGAGCAAGAAUUCUUAAAUUCUUAAAUCAUUUUCAUGAUGAUUAAGCACAAUAUCAUUCCCAAAUGUCAUUAAUACAAUCAAAAAAUUCUGUAAUGUGAAAAAUAAUAUAUUUAAGUCGUGCUUGUACUAGUAUGUGUAGUACUUCACUGAUCCUGAUUUUAUUUUAUUUUUUAAAUAGUCAUCAAAGUUUUUAUUUUACAUAUUUUUUCUUUCGAUUUUGGAGUGAAAUGCCCUGGCUUGGACCUGUUAUUGUGAUGCUUUUCAUUGCAUUUUAUGUACUGAUUGUGGGAAAACAGUAUAGAAUUUAAAUGGGAGUUGUGUUAAAUUAUUAUUGAACACUGUGUAAGCAUUAUCAUACAAUUCAAAAUUUAUGUCAAGUCAACAUGUAAAGGGCAGAAAUCUGCAAAGGUACCUGCGGGCACAGACUACAUGCAGGCCUACUAAUGAGUCAAACAGAUAUAAUUUCAAAAUUUCUCUUAUUACUUGCUUGAAUCAAGAAAAUCAUAGUACAAUUAUACUACAAAUGCUCUUUUCAAAAUAGGAUUUGUAAAAUAAAACAGUCAUCUAAUGCACCUAUUACAAAGAUAUAAUUUAUACGGAAUCUGAUACAUUUAUUUCAGAAUUUAUUUGAUAUUUUCAACAUGAAAUGAUAUGUUCAAAAAGAACUAAUGAUACAAAGAAGCCACAAAUCUGUUUUUAAACAGUUAUAACAGUGACAAACUGGACUGAGGAUUUCUCAACUUUUUCUUAAUACACUUUUGGUCAUUUAGGUCUCCCAUUUACAUCAUCCUGUGAAAGCCAGCAAGUUGGAGUGACAGAGCAUGCAUUUAAUUAUUCCCUUUAGAUAAUCACACGUGUGUUCAUUAAAACAUUACCAGAUAAGGGAGUCAACUAUGAACCAGGGAUGUGUGAAAACAGGUGAUUCAGUGCACAUUGUCCAACAAUGUACAGCCCUCUUCACCCCCGCUUACUGAACUAAUGUACAGAUCUGCCUGUAAAUCACCCUCCUCAGCUUAGCAUAUCAGUGAAAGAACAGUCUGUACGGUGAAGCCUGCCGCAGUCCUUAUCAGAAUGUCAGAAAUACAUAGAUAUAUAUUAAACUCUACAUUUGUAAUA